AUCCUCUUGCUCUUUACGGCUUGUGUCUCGAACAAUAUGCCCACUUCAUUGUUCGAUAUAGGGAAGAAAAAAGGUUGGAUGAUACUGUACAACUUAUGGAUGAGGCUUUGAAGAUCUCACAUCAAAUUUAUGGUAUUAAUUGCUUCCAUACAAUUAAUAUGCUCAAUAAUUACGGUGCUUUGUUAAUUGCCAGGAACAGGUUUGAUCUUGCAAAAAAGUAUUUGGAAAUUGGUAUAAAUAGGAUAUUGUAUAUCGACGAAUGCAGCAGUCUACUGCCUGGGUACUACUGUAACUAUUCAGAAGCGCUUUACCACUGUGGUCAGAGAGUAGAAGCACUGCAGUAUGCAAAAAAAGCUGUCAAUUUAUCAUGUUCAGAAUCAAAAGAAUUAAAGGAUUACACAACGAGGUUUCUCCAAGACAUGGAGAAAGAUUAUAAUCGUCGUCGAUGA